AUGAAACUGCAGUGUCAAGUGGAAGUUGUUAAUAGAAAACAUUUUAGUUUAGACGUAAGACCAAAAAAUAAGUAUUUAAAGUCGACACUUGCCUUAGGAAAGGAGCCAAAAGAUGACAAAGGAUACUUUAUUUUGCAUUUUUCUACUGUUAAUAAACAAGGAACAAAAUAUAGAGUGAGCAAUAUGAAAAAUGUCUUUGUGAAAUUUUUAAACGAAGGCAAAGUUACACUGCGCUUUACUGAACCAUGUCAUGAUUUAUGCAUAAGAAGUGAAGUAAUACAAUUGAAGAGUUUCAUGAAAUUACUUCAAUCAUGCAUUACUGGUGACUCAGAUAACGUAAAACUUUCAAAUCUGUCCUCUCUCGGACUAGUGUCUAAAGAUAUGGCUCCAACUAAAUUGACAAUUAAUAAUCGAUCUGAAUUUCCCGCUAAAGGACUACCCAGAACUCUUGAAUCUCUCUAUAUUGUUGGUCUUAAUCUCUGCAAUUUUCGAAGAGAUAUACUUCUACUUAACCAUCUGGCUAUACUUGAUUUGAGUAAGAAUGAAAUUGAGAAAAUUCCUCCUGAAUUUGGGAGACUACCCAAUCUUACUGAACUUUAUUUAUCAAACAAUUCCUUAGGACAAAAGGAGGACUUUGAUUGGAGAUGGCUUUUAGGACCUGGGAUUUCUAAAAAGCUGAAACUUUUGGACCUUAGUGCAAAUAAAAUAUCUACCCUACCCAAAGAUAUUUGGAAACUUCAAACCUUGGUCACUUUUAAGAUUGACUUCAACAAACUGGAAAGGCUACCACCAACUAUAGGUCGCAUUCAAACCUUGAGAUAUUUUUCAGUUUCUAACAACAAUUUGGUGACACUGCCAUGCAGUCUGAUGCAAUGUAGACUCGAAACUAUUGAUUUGUCAUCAAAUAAAUUUAAUUCGGAUACAGUUGGUGCAAAAAUGGCUAAUUACACACCAUGGGAAUUAUGUGCCCACACCUUGGUACACAUUGCAGCUAAAGCAGUGUUAAGAAAUAAAAUCUAUUAUGCACCAAACAUUGUACCAUACACAUUAGUAGAACUAAUGGAUAACGCCAAUAUGUGUGUUUGUGGUAAGCCGGUGUUGAAUAACGCGAGAUUCAUUAUAAAGGAAUUUCAGCUGAAAGAUUUCUUUCGGGUUGUUGUUUUUGAUAAUAAUGGUGAUAGCUCUGUUGGUUUUGAGUGCUUCUUUUGUUCACCAAAGUGUUAUGCCAGAUGA